CCCUCCCUCUCUCUCUUUCUUUCCUUCUUCUUUCAAUCCAAUUCAAUCCAAUCCAAUCCCAUAAACAACUUUGGACCUCCAAAAAUGCCUCCCUCUCUUCAAACUAAAGAUGCAUCCUCUAAUCUCACUCUCAAGUUUGUAGACGUGAGCUAUCGAGUGAAGGUGGCGGACAAGAAUGGAAAUUCCUUCGGACGGAUUUUCACCUGUGCCUCCGAUGAGACGACGGCGGCGCCGCCCCUUCAAGAACGGAAUAUUCUUCAUGGGAUUACUGGGGUUGUGUCGCCGGGAGAGAUUUUGGCUAUUCUUGGCCCCUCCGGGAGUGGGAAAUCAACUCUUCUCAAUGCUCUUGCCGGAAGAUUACAGGGUAACGGUUUAUCCGGGUCAGUGUUGGCCAAUGGUCGGAAACUGACUAAAUCCGUACUCCGGCGAACCGGGUUUGUGACUCAAGAUGACGUCCUCUACCCACACUUAACCGUCCGAGAAACGCUCAUAUUCUGCUCUCUCCUUCGACUACCACUAACCCUUUCGAAGCAAGAAAAAACCGCGGUCGCCGAGUCGGUGAUCGCCGAGCUCGGGUUGACAAAAUGCCAGAACACGAUCAUCGGCAACGCCUUCAUUCGCGGUGUCUCUGGCGGAGAACGAAAGAGAGUGAGCAUAGCCCAUGAGAUGUUGAUUGACCCUAGCUUACUGAUUCUAGACGAGCCGACGUCGGGGCUGGACUCGACCACAGCGCAUAGGCUGGUGAUGACCAUGGCGGGGUUGGCUCGGAAGGGGAAGACCAUAAUCACGUCAAUUCACCAGCCAUCCAGUCGGGUGUACCAAACUUUUGAGUCUGUGCUUGUGAUGUCAGAAGGGCGGUGUUUGUAUUAUGGAAAAGGAAAUGAAGCCAUGACCUAUUUUGAGUCCAUUGGCUUCUCGCCGUCUUUUCCCAUGAACCCUGCUGAUUUUCUCCUAGAUCUCGCCAAUGGUGUGUAUCAAGUUGACAAUGCAAGUGAAGUGGAUAAACCCAUCAUUAAGCAAACCCUAAUUACUUCUUAUAACACUCUUUUGGCUCCAAGGGUAAAGGCAGCUUGUAUGGAAACUUCAACAAAGGAAACAAUGUCGGGUGAACGGAAAUCAACUCGAACUUGUAAAACUAGUCUGAUCUUGUGGUGCUACCAAUUGAACAUUUUGCUUCAGAGAAAUCUCAAAGAACGAAAACAUGAAACGUUCAAUGCGUUAAGAGUCUUCCAGGUUAUAACGGCGGCGAUGCUAGCGGGAUUGAUGUGGUGGCAUUCUGAUUUUCGAGAUAUUCAAGAUCGACUUGGCCUACUCUUCUUCAUUUCCAUCUUUUGGGGAGUUUUCCCUUCGUUUAAUGCUGUAUUUGCAUUCCCCCAAGAGCGAGCAAUCUUCCUGAAGGAACGAGCUUCUGGUAUGUACACGUUAUCAUCAUAUUUCAUGGCUCGAGUCAUUGGAGACCUUCCGAUGGAGCUCAUCCUUCCGACAAUUUUUCUCACAGUUGCAUAUUGGAUGACCGACCUGAAACCAGAUCUCGUUGCUUUUCUCUUGACUUUGUUGGUCCUCCUCGGCUAUGUGCUUGUAUCGCAAGGGCUCGGCCUUGCUUUAGGUGCAGCAAUCAUGGAUGCCAAACAAGCUUCGACUAUAGUAACUGUGACGAUGCUGGCAUUUGUAUUAACCGGAGGGUUUUACGUACACAAAGUACCAUCAUGCAUGGCUUGGAUCAAGUACAUUUCAACGACGUAUUAUAGUUACAAGCUGUUCAUUAAUGUGCAAUAUGGUACCGGAGAGAAGAUAUGGUCGUUGCUCGGUUGCUCGCACCGUGGAAGCGAGCAUCCAAGCUGCAAAUUCGUGGAAGAAGAUGUGGCAGGGCAAAUAAGCCCUGCGUUGAGCAUUGGAGCUUUGUUGUUUAUGUUUGUGGGUUAUAGGUUAUUGGCAUAUUUGGCUUUGAGACGCAUCAAAUAGAACAAAAGGGUUCUAGAAGUCACCAAUGAAGGAGAAGAAGCUGAUUUGUUGAGCCAAUGAAGCUGCAUUGCCUGUUUGACACACUUGAAAAAAAGAGUCCACUAACCAUUUGGUUCUCCACAACUAAUGAUGAUUUGGGUAAAUGUAAAUAGCCAAGAUGAAGUUCAUGAAUGUUUUUUUUUUCUUUUUUUAUUCCUAGCAAGAAGCGAUCUCUCUGUUUUGGUGCAUCCAUCAACAGAUUGAAUAAACGAUUUCUUGAAAUUAUCAAUGAAAAAUUAAGGCCCUCUUAUACA